CUUCAUUAAUGGUUUUGGCACCGUUGUGCACGGGUUCCUUCAGGACUUACGGGAAGAUCUCAGCUUCUGAAGAGUACCAGAUUCUUCUCCGUGGCGUUCUUGGCAUUUUGUUCCUUCAAGUUGACAUAUGUUCUGCUGUGGAUUCUUUGUCGACAACACCAAGAAAG